CGAGCAUCUAAAACUAUUGGGUCCAGCCCAAAUCCAAAAGAGAGGAGCCAGCAAAGUCGCAAAAGCUGAAAAAAGAAUGCGGUGUCCGUACUGCGCAGCGACCCAGGGACGGUGCGCCACCACAUCGAGCGGCCGAUCAAUCACCGAGUGCAGCUCCUGCGGCCGUGUUGUGGAGGAGCGCCAGACGCAGCCCCACCACCUCUUCCACAUUCGCGCACAGGACUCCCCACUAUGUCUCGUCACCUCCGACCUCCCCACCCUUCCCGUCUCCGCCACCGCUUCCGGCGCCUCCAACAACGACGACGAAGACCCGUUUGAGCCCACCGGUUUCAUCACCGCCUUCUCCACAUGGUCACUCGAGCCAUACCCGGUGUUCGCCCAAUCCUCCAUUUCUUUCGCCGGACAUCUAGCCGAGCUUGAACGCGUGCUCGAAACUACAUCUUCCCCUUCAAAUCCUUCGAGCCCCUCUGCGGUGGUGGAUAACAUUAGGGCAUAUUUGCAGAUUAUCGAUGUGGCUUCAAUCCUGGGACUGGAGUAUGAUAUUUCCGACCACGCAUUUCAGCUCUUCAGAGACUGCUCUUCAUCCACUUGCUUGAGGAAUCGGAGCAUCGAGGCGCUUGCCUCUGCUGCUCUUGUUCAAGCUAUCAGGGAAGCUCAAGAACCCCGAACGCUUCAGGAAAUAUCACUUGCUGCCAAUUUACCUCAAAAAGAAAUUGGAAAGUAUAUCAAGAUCCUUGGAGAAGCUCUACAGUUAAGUCAACCUAUUAAUAGCAAUUCGAUAUCAGUCCAUAUGCCACGGUUUUGUACACUUCUUCAACUGAAUAAAUCUGCUCAGGAGCUAGCGACUCACAUCGGCGAGGUGGUAAUGAAUAAAUGCUUCUGCACUCGCAGAAACCCCAUCAGCAUCUCCGCCGCUGCAAUAUAUUUAGCCUGCCAGCUCGAAGAUAAGCGAAAGACCCAAGCUGAAAUCUGCAAGGUAACCGGACUCACUGAGGUCACGCUUCGAAAAGUGUACAAGGAACUUCUGGAAAACUGGGAUGAUCUGCUCCCCUCGAACUACAGUCCAGCUGUCCCUCCAGAGAAGGCUUUCCCCACAGCUACUGUUGCAUCAGGGCGUUCUUCAAGCACUAGGGCUGACAUCAUCAUUGAAGCGAUUUCUUCUGAGCGCGACAAACAAGCUGAAGCUAAGGUGAAUAAUAUAUCACACAUGGCUUUUGGUCAGCAGGCUGAUGGUGAUAGAAAAGAUCCAGUUGGUAGUUGUAGUAGCAGUAGUCAUGCAAUGGAAAUUGAUUCUCACCCGAAAACUCUUGAGAUGCAAGUAGAGAUCAAUACUGCAAGGGGCGUUACUGGUAUUUCAAGAGUUCCCAUGCCAUUCUUCUCUCAUUUUGAUUCUCAGUUACUGCAACCACCAAUGAACAAUAUUAAGCAAGAUGAGAACAAGAACUGAUGUGGCAAUAUGCCUUUUGUAAGUUGGAAUGUACAGUUUAUUGCUUGUUUCUUGUGGCAGUCUAAGGAAAGUUGUACUUUUGUUCUUCAAUUGAGUAAAAUAUAUUUAGAGAAAUUAU